AUGACCAUGACCACGACCACGUCCCGCCGGCACACCCUCCGUGUGCUCUCCCCAGCGCUGGCGUUGGCGCUGCUGGCCGCCGUCACCGCUGCGCCUGUCCACCCGGCACCGAGGGACAGUGCCAACACGACCAGUAUCAGCACGGGCUUGUCGUCGCCCAGCAGCGCUUCCCCGCCGACGACCGCCACAGCCUCCGUCUCUGCGGCCGCGGCUGCUUCCAGCACUGACAGCAGCUCGGGCGGGAUGAGCAUGUCCACCAUGGUGGGCGUGUUCGUGCCCGUCUUUUGUGGCCUGAUCAUCUUCUGCUUUGCCCUGUACUGUCUGGGAUGGGGCGCUGGCCGCAAAUACCGCUAUCGCCUGAACGACAUGUAUCGAAACCGGCAUUCCACCUCGGCAUCUCCCGGCGCCAGUGGCUCAAGUACACCAUCCACAGCUGCGGCCGCGGGCGGCGCAGCGACCGGCGCGGGAGGCAGGCGGACACGCCGGGCGCGCGGCGACGCCCCUCGCCGCACCGAGAGCGGCCGCUCCGUCCGCACGUUGCCAGUGUACACCAAAGAGGCGGGCGACGAGGAGACCGUGUUGCUGAGACGCGACCCGAGCGCCCGCCGCCGCGCCGAGGACCGCGACAGCGACUCGGACAGCUUCGCCUCGGGCGACGAGGAGGGGAUCCACCUCAUGCCGACGCUCAUGGAGGGCGACGAGACGUCCACGUCGCUGCGCACCGUGCCGUCCAACCUCGCGCCGCUCACCGUCAACGGGAGCACUGCGACCCUCGGCCACGCCCACGCCCACGGCUACGGCCACGCGCACCGCCCGUCCGAGGCGGACAUUACAGACUUGACAGGCAUGCCGGGGCUCGCGCUCGCCGAGCGCGCGUGGGACGAGCCGCCGUACUUUGAGCCCGACUUCAACGUGUACCUCGGCGACCCGCAGGCGCACCCGCCCAGCUGGGACACGGUGCAGAACGAGGUCAGGCGCGACGGCGCGGCGCGCAGUAUGGAUGUGGCGCGCGGUGUGAUCGGGGGCGGCGGUGACAGCGGGGUGGCUGUUGUUGUCCCCGAGGCGAGCGCAGCUGUUGUCCCCGAGACGGUGGCAGCGAGCGCAGAGCCAGGAGCAGAGCCAACAGCGGAGUCAACAGCAGAGGCAACGGCAGAGCCAGCAGCAGAGCCAGCAGCACAGUCAGCAGCAGAGCCAGCAGCAGAACCACCCUCGACCGUCCCAGCCGCACCGGGGCCAGACGUCGAGCUCAUGGACUUGGCAGCGGAGCCAGCCGUGGUGCUCAUGGACAUGCUUCCAUCACCCGCGACACCUGUUGCCCCUGUCGAGACCGGAGCUGAGGCCGAGGCCGAGGCGCAAGCUCCCGCCGAGACCGGAUCAACCAGUGCGACAGCGACACCCGUGUCGUCGUCCACAGCGUCAGCACCCUCCCCAACGACGCCCUAA